AUGCCCCAAUCGCUUCGCCGAAGUUGUGCGGCUUGUGCUAAAGCAAAACACAGCUGCGACCUCCGUGCCCCUCGCUGCUCUCGCUGUAUUAAACGUAAAGUCCAGUGUGUUUAUGCAAACAUACCAUGGACCGUUACGGCAACGCCCGGUCUGGACGACAGACUAGCCAGUGCUCUCAAUACAACCAGCAGUUUGAACUGCAGGUUUGGGUCUAUCGAUCCAUUUGAUUCAUAUCCUCAGACUAGACUUCCCCGAGUCCAGGUCCAACGCCUCAUCCAUAGCUUCCUCCAUAAAAUCGCAUUUCAGUACUACCCGCUUGACCUGAACGCAACUUCAAAUCCAUUCCUCAUUUCCUGGUGGCCACUGGCUCUGGGUGACCCAGCCUUGUUUCACGUUUCGCUGCAGACGGCAUGUCUCGACGAGGAGCUUCUUGCCCAAAAGGGCUUUCAGUCUUCUGAAAUACUCAUGGCAGACUCCGUGUCUCUACUCAGAUCCAAAAUCGACGAUAUGUCCCUUGCCGUUCAAGACGGGACUAUGAACUCCGUCAUCACCCUGGCCACGAUCGAAUUUCUUCAGUUUGGGAAAGGAAACACGGAAUUCAGUGAAAUGCACGUGAAUGGGGUUAGGAGACUAGUAAACAUGAGAGGCGGCAUCAAUUCAGUGAGACAAACCAGUCCACUGACCGCCCGAAUGAUUAGCUGGGUAUCUAUGCUUAUAAUGGGUCAUCCCCAAUUCGCGACCCAGGAUGACACCGGCAUUGGAGAUGGCAUACCCCCCAUUCCUGAAUGGCAGCUGGGCUCGACCGCUCUAUCCGAGAACCUUUAUGAUAUCAGCGACCUCAACAUUGGCGAAGAAGUCAACAAUGUAUUUAUCCGUCUCCGCAACGUCUUUCAAUGGGCUCAGCAGAUACCAUUAACAAGUACCAGGCUUCAUGAUCUCACCUGCUUUGUCGUACAUCGACUGUUACUGUCAGCACCAGGCACAGACACAGCAAACUCAUCCCCCAUAACUGAACGCAUUCGCUACGCCAUGAUACUUUAUAUGUUCCUCGUUCAAGGACCGACGUAUUACUCGCAUGCAGUAAUUAUGAACACCAUCGUCACUCGGCUGCUGGGUCAUCUAAAUCAACUUGAAUCGACACAUCGGGUAUAUGAUUCACUCGAUAUCUGGGUUCUUUCAAUUGGUAUGGUCGCAUCAACUGGUACAGCGAACUACCCAUGGUUUAUGGAGCGGGCGGGCGUAUUGAGCGUUUCUCUACGGCUGGAUAAUUGCGAUGACAUUCUCUUUCACAUAAAGAGAGUCCUUUGGCUGGAGAUAUUGCAAGGCGAAAAACUGUUUCGGCCUCAUUGGGACACGGUAUUUGGCGAUAAAAGUCCGCUCGACUCGUCAAUCUAUGCAAUUUGUGCCUUAUCCAGCCGUACUUUACCGAGCUGA